AUGUCAGACCUGCAACUAAUUGGCGGUGUGAAGAAAUUGAAUAACCAGAAUUACAAGACAUGGGCUACGUAUCUUUCUUCGUAUUUGAAGGGGCAAGAUCUUUGGGAGGUUACUCAAGGGGCCGAUACAGAGGAGCCCUCACCAGAGACGGCGGAUGGUGCUCUACGGAAAUGGAGAGUUAAAGCGGGUAAAACGUUGUUUGUCCUGAAGACUACGGUUGAAGAAGAACUCCUUGAUCAUAUCAAGGAUGUGACUAAUCCCAAAAAGGCGUGGGAUACUCUGGCAGAGGUUCUAUCAAAGAAGAAUGAUGCCCGGCUUCAAUUGUUAGAAAAUGAGUUAUUAAGUAUAACUCAACAGGACCUAACGAUUCCACAAUAUUUUCACAAAGUCAAGACUUUGUGUCGGGAAAUCGAAACUCUUGAUAAAGAAUCUGUUAUUGGUGAUGCAAGGAUGAAACGCAUUAUCAUUCACGGAUUGAAGCCCGAGUACAGAAGUUAUGUUAUGGCUGUACAGGGUUGGCCAACACAACCGACGUUGGGUGAGUUCGAGAAUUUAUUGGCUAGUCAAGAGGCACUGGUCAAACAGUUGGGGAGUCUGUCAGUUGGGUCUAGUUCGAAGCAGGAGGAUCAAGUUUUGUACGCCGAGAGAUCAAAGGGUCGGUAUAAUAGUAGGCCACAGAGAUCAUACCAGAAUAACGACAAGAACAAGCCUUUUGAUCAAAGUAACAAGAAGGCUGUGAAUUCUGAUCGAAGUGAGGGCUCUGGCGGAUGA